AUGAACGUUUUACCUGUUACUGAUUAUAAAAGUACUAUAAGCACCGCCUCACCAAAUACGAUCACUUCUAAUGCGGUUCCAAGUUUACCAGAUAGGUUAAGACAGCAAAAAGGUGGUGCAGUACCAUUAAGUAUGACCGAGUUGAGCAACAAAAAUAAACACCCACUGGAAUAUCAUUUAAAUAAUUACGAAAAAGCUCAAGAGUCUAGAAAAUUACAACAAUAUAGGCAAAUAUUUGGUAUAGCUGAACCAAUGAAGAGAAUGAUGGAUUUAAAUAUUAUCAAUGCUACUGAUUUUGCUCCUGUGAAUAGCAAUGGUAACAUUAGUGGUAAUUUACCACAUAGAGAUAUCUUAUUAAACAAAGAAUUCACUUUUGAUUGGGAGGACGUUUAUAAGGAUGAUUUGGAGUAUAACAACGAAAUUGGAAAUGAUAUACAUAGUAAAAUUGAAAAGAAUAUUGGUUUAUAA